GAUUGUAUUCGAUAUGCUUGUAAAUCAUCAAGAAGAAUUCGGGUAUUGAUUAUGGAGUCUAAUUAUUCCAGAUCAUCUUAUCAGUGUUUGAAAAGCAUCAAUGACUUUUUAAAACUAUGAUUUCUUGAAAUGACAGGUCUUUUGCUACCACCAUCAAUAUCAAAAUGUAAGUUCUACUUCUUACAAGUUUUAAUUGGAUAUAAUGUCAUUCUGGCAAAAGAAGUAAAUAAGUUGACCAACUUAAGACAUUUAUAUGAAGUGGAUAAUGAUGCAUUUCUCUCAGUGGAAAAAGUAGGAAAGUUAACAUCCCUUCAGGAAUUAUGCUUCACGGUGGGCACAGAACCCAAAUAUAGAAUUGAUGAGUUGAGGAAUAUGGAUAAUCUCCGUGAAUUAAUUAUUAGACAACUUUCCAAUAUACAGAGUCUUGAAGAGACCAAUAAGGUUAACUUGGUCAGGAAAAGUUAUCUGACAAGACUAGCACUGGACUACUGGCCAAUAAGUAGUAAUCUUGACUUUGAUCAACAGGAGGUUCUCGCGGCUCUACAACCCCCUCCCACGAUUAGAGAACUCUACAUUAGACAUUAUAGCGGUGCUAGGCUUGCACCAUGGAUGGAUACUCCAUCUCUUUCUCGGCUUGAACUUCUUCAAUUAGAUUCUUGUACAAGUUGGGAAGAGCUGCCCCCUCUAUGGAAGUUGCCCUGCCUUAAGUUUCUAAGAUUGAAUGGCAUGGAAGUUAUAAGAAGUUUGGGUUGUCACUUCUCCAAUAAGAUGGACAUACACUUUCCAGUUUUAGAGAAUCUUGUAUUUUAUGACCUUCCGCUCUGGGAGGAAUGGAAUGGUGCGGAUGAUUAUAUAUGGUUCCCUCAUCUCAAAAGAUUUGAAAUUCAUGACUGUCCCAGACUAAAGAAAAUUCCGGACCUUCCGUUGUCUAUAGAGAAACUCCACAUGCAAAAUUUGGGGUUAGAAGCUCUUCCACGGUCCUACAUGUGUUCUAAUGGUUCUAGGACAUUUGGAGGAUUUAAGUCGAUGAUGUCCCUCGAGUCCCUUGAUAUUUAUAAGUGCCCAGGGAUUGUACAGAUUGGAUCAAUUGGUGAAGAGGAUGAUAAUCUCCUUCCGUCAUCACUGAAAGAACUUGGACUUGGAGGAAUUCUUGUUGAACACAAAUAUUUGGCAAGUUAUCUACAAGGUCUUAUUUCGCUCACUGACUUGUCUUUAAGUUGUUCACGGGGCAUGACAUCACUUCCUUUAGCAAAUGAGUUGGAACAUCUAACUAAACUUCAACGCUUAAAUAUUUGGAGGGGUGAAGCCUUGACUUCACCUGGAGGUUUAUAUAUUAUAAAAUCUCUUAAACAUCUAGACAUUUAUAAUUGUCCAAAAUUCCUCUCUGAGGUUGAGUCACUGGAAUUUUUCAAAGACAAGACAAGGAAACAUGCAGUAUCAUCUUCCUCAGUUUUUGAUCACUCUACAAGUAAUAAAGCUGCUAGCAUCCUUCCCUCCUCUCUUGAAUUCCUAUAUUUUACAAACUCGGAUAUUUCACAAGAGUCAUUGGGUCGAUGUCUUCAAGGCCUUACCUCCCUAGAAAGGUUGGACAUAUCAGGUUGCCAUCAUUUGGUGUCUCUUCCCAACAUAGAGUAUCUGCAUAAUCUGAUAGCAUUGCAGAUAUUGGAUAUUUCUGAUUGUAAAGAAUUAUGUGAAUUGGAGUCAUUGACUACACUUACCUCCCUCAGAGAAUUGCAUAUUGAGCGUUGCCCCAAAUUACUCGCUAUAACAUUUUCCACUCUACAAAAUCCUGCAACAAAAACAAAACAAAGUGCCACAAACAUAAAGAAGGGAACAUUACCUUCACUUGAAAAGAUUGAGAUCGACAACAUCUUCUAUCUACCCAUUUUGCCCAUUCUAGAAAGGCUAAACACUAUUUCUAUCCAAAACCAAAAAGAUAAUCUCUUGGUACCUCAAGAGAGAGAGGAGUGGUUGUUACAAUAUCGGGAGUCUCUGGAAGUUCUAAAAUUGAAGCGGAUGCCUCAUCUACAAUCUUUACCUGCAAGUUUGGAGAGUUUUUCAUCGCUCAAGGCUCUUACAAUAUAUUCUGCACCAGAACUCAAGUCACUGCCGAGGAUGCCUGCCUCAUUGGAGCAACUAACGAUUUCUGGAUGUAGUGCAAAGCUUAAGAAGCGUUGCCAAGAGAACAUCGGUCCGGAUUGGCCUAACAUCAACCAUAUCCCUGACAUUAAUAUUGAAACAGAUGAAGAGGACAAGAACGAGGCUCAAGUCAAUUGCAACUGUGUCAGCAGCAGACUUUGGAGUUCCACAUGAUCAUAUAUAAUACCAAGCAUAACACCUGGCCAUUCAUCAAAAGGGUGACUAACAGUCUUAAAAAGAACAUCAUAUGGACUAUCCAUCCCAGAGAUCCACAUUUAACAGUGAGCAGAUUUUGCUACCAAUAAUUAGGUGACGAUCAAACUUUUCUUCCACUUUUGUCGCUAAACCUACAAGCAUUGUAGCUUCUGGUGAAAAAUAUGAACAAAGACUACAUCUGAAGUGCAUCAGCAGCUUCCUCAAGCUCUCCCCUCUCCUCUUGUUGAUAAUUGGUUUGUCUCGGUACUAAUUCGAACAAAUCUAUAAGAAUUUCCAAAAUGUAUUUGAUCUCACAAGCUUGUAUAUUUAGUUCAAUGUUUGUGUGGUUUAACAUUCAUCUUGUGAUGCUCAUUGAGAUGAUACAUUCAUCUGUUUUUUCUUGAUUACUUGUACUUUACUCAUAUUCAUCAGCUGUUCAAUUGCUGUAACAAUUUCUACAGAAUUUUUC